AAAGUUGACUCACGCGGACGCCCGCUCUUCCACUCCAUUCCUACUCCCCAAAUGCCAAAUGGACUCCACUCCUACGCGCCAGAUCCACCCCGACAUUUCCCUCAACUCCCGCCCUCUCUCUCUCUCUCAUCACUACUUUACCCUUCCCCUUCCCGGCACUACUUCACCUACUCAAGUACACACAUUCUACAUACCUUCAGUACCUUGUAUCUAUGUACUACUAUUAACUCGCAUUCUCCCCACCAGUUCCAGUUCCAGGGCUAGGUCUCUUCAUCUGGUACAUUUCUCCGAAGAGUUGAAGUUUUCGGUGCAUUGAAGGCUUGGUACUAAGCGAAAAGACUUGAGGACAUGACGGAUCACAAGACAUGGCUUUGGAAGAAAAGAUCGACUGAGAAGACUCUAGUUGCUGCUGAUAAAGCGAAUGCUUCUCAGAGAAUAAAUGAAGAAGAGAUACAGAUACAGAUACUUCAGACCGAUAAAGCAGAGUUGGAGAGAGAUCUUAAAAUUCUAAAUGAAAAGCUUUCCUUUGCCCACUCUGACUGCAAUGCUAAAGAUGAGCUUGUGGAAAAACAUGCAAAAAUGGCACAGGAAGCCCUUGCAGGCUGGGAAAAGGCAGAAUCAGAAGCAAUGUCAUUGAAGCAAGAAUUAGAUGAUGUGAAACGGCAAAGAGUGGCUGGUGAAGAAAGAAUAACUCAGUUGGAUAUGGCCCUGAAGGAAUGUAUGCAGCAGUUACGUUUUGUUCGAGACGAACAGGAGCAAAGGAUUCAUGAUGCUGUGGUGAAGACGUCAGUGGAGUUCGAAAAAGCAAGGAUUGUUCUAGAGGAAAAAUUAGCUGACACCGACAGAAAGCUCUCCAAAUUAGGUGUGGAGAAUACUCAACUCAGCAAGGCUCUUUUGGCCAAGGAAAAGUUGAUUCAAGAUGUAAAUGAACAGAGAACUCGAGUGGAGGUAGAUUUUAAGGCCUUAAUGAUUAGACUAGAAUCCACAGAGAAAGAGAACACUUCUCUAAAAUAUGAGGUUCGAGUACUUGAGAAGGAUCUUGAGAUUCGAAGUGAGGAAAGAGAAUUCAAUCGUCGAACAGCUGAUGUAGCACACAAACAACAUUUAGAGAGUGUGAAGAAAAUUGCAAAACUAGAAUCAGAAUGUCAGAGGCUACGUGUCCUUGUCCGUAAGCGGUUGCCAGGUCCCGCUGCUCUGGCAAAAAUGAAGAACGAAGUUGAACUACUGGGAAGGGAUCGAGUUGAAACAAGGAGGAGAAACUCAAAUCCUUCUCCCUCUGGUUCAGUUGACUUUGCUAUGGACAAUUUUCCUGAUACAACCAGCAAAAGGUUCAACUAUUUGGUUGAGAAAUUGUAUGACCUGGAAGAAGAAAACAAGAGUCUUAAAGAAACUCUAAAUAACAAGACAAGUCAGAUAGAUAUGGAAUCAGAAAGAAGCAUGCACUUACCAUAUGAACUCUCUGUGGCAUCAAUGUCUGAUAUGGGCAGUGACGACAAGGUUAGUUGUGGAGAAUCUUUGGCUUCUGCUUUGAUUUCAGAUUUGGAGCAUUUCAAAAAUGGGAAAAGAAUGGGUACGCUAUUGCAAAAAACUGUUGGAGCUUCAGACAUAGAUCUGAUGGAUGACUUUGCUGAGAUGGAAAAAUUGGCAGUAGUAUCCUUGGAUAAGCCAUUUGGAAGUCCUCAUCUUGCUUCAAUUGAAGGAAGUGAAAUUGUUGAUACCUUAGAGAAUCGGUCAGUUUCAGUACACUCUGAUGUUAGUGGCUACGGCUGUUGGAAACAUCAGGAUAAAUCGCCUCUGAUGGAGUCAGCUCUUGAAAUAAUUGGCGAUGGGACCUCAUUCGAAAAGAAGAAACACCAUAAAGUCCAGUCAAAUCUGAAUAAAUCAAUGCGCAAAAUAAUUGAACUUGUUGAAGGUAUCAGUUUACCAUCUAAUGAUUAUGGCGCCUUUGAAAAGGGUGGUGGUUAUUUCGGAAACAAGGAUUCAGAAACAACUUCUGGCUAUAUGGUUCGUGUUUUCCAAUGGAAAACUUCUGAACUUAGAGCCGUUUUACAGCAAUUCAUUCGGAGCUGUAAUGAUUUUUUAAUAGGAGAAGCAGAUUUUGAAAAAUUUGCUGAGGAAUUGACCUUGUGUUUGAACUGGGUUAUAAACCACUGUUUUUCCCUUCAAGAUGUUUCAAGCAUGAGGGAGAAAAUCAAGAAGCACUUUGAUUGGGAUGAAUCACAUAGUGAGAGUGAGGUUGAAGUUGGACCUCCUAGUCAAUGUUCAGAAGCUGAUAAAUUACGGGCUCUGAAAGAAAAGUUGUCGCAUUUGCCUCGGAACGACUGCAAAGUUGAAGAUACUCAACGUAAUGCGAGACUAGAGGACAAAAAACUGGAAGACAAGUUGCCAAAUAUGGAAUAUGCAAACCAGGACUUGAAAGGGAGACUGCAGUCAGAGUUUGGUAAGAGUGAGUCAUUGAUGAUCCAACUUCAAGAAUCAGAUAAAACUAGAAAAGGCUUGC